UAGAUAACCGGAAACUAUCGAGAUGUAAUACGCUAUAUUUGUUUUUAAAUUGAAUGUUAUUGUCAGGAAUUCGAACUAUGCAAAGCUCUUUUUAAAAUAGAACUUUUGUUUAUGGUAAUUGAAUAUUAAAUCUUAAAAUGUCUUUUUUAGGAAGAGUUUUUAGAAAUACAGAAAAUUUGUUUAUCAAGAAUUGGACUUUGGCCCCAGCUUGGAAUGAAGGAGUUUAUUUCUCAAAAAAAGUUGAAAUCCCUGUUCCUCCAAAAAGACCCUUAACUGCUUAUAUGUUGUUUGUAAAGGAAAAGAGGCAAGAACUACUGAAAGAGACUCCUGUUCUAGGCAAUCAAGAUCAAAUAAGGAUUUUAGCUAGAAAGUGGAUGAAUCUUUCUGCUGAAUCAAAAAAGCCGUAUGAAUUACAAGCUAGAGAGAGAACUCUUCUUUAUGGAGAAGAACACAAGAAAUAUUAUGAAAAUCUUUCAGAACAACAGAAAGAAGAUUUAAGUAAACAGAAAUCUGAAAAGAGGUUGGCUCGUCGUGUCUACAGAUUAAAUAAAGCUCUACGAGAAUCUGGUUUUCCAAAGCAUGCGAGGUCACCCUAUGCUCUUUUUGUCCACUCACUUGCAAGUGAGGAUAAGACCGAGAAUACAAAAGAUUUUUUAAAACAUGCUGCUGAAAAAUGGAAAUCAUUACCUGAGAAAGAGAAAAAGUCAUUUGAGAAGCAAGCAAUGGAUGACAAAGAACGCUAUUUGUUGGAGAUCGCAGGAUGGAAAGAGAAGUUAUUAAAGGAAGGCAACGCUAAGCUGCUGAAAGAUUUUGCUGAACUUAAGUACGGUGGAAAGUCUUUAAUAAGCAAAAUGGAUGAAAUGGAUACAAAGAAAGCAACUAAAACAAAAUCAAGAAAGAAAGAAAAAUCAAGCUCUGGCAAAGAAAAUGAAUAAAUACUUUUUAGGAUGCAUCUUAAGAUUUGAAUUCAAAACAUUUUUCUAUCUGCUAAGGUUUGAAAGUCUUUGUUCUUAAUCCUCAUUUAGAGCAUCGAACAUAUCUCGAAAAUAAAAAUUAAAAAAAUUAAUAAUUAUCUCGCUUCACCAAAGCAAUUACAAAACCUUAACUUUUUAACAUAGCUCCACGUUCUUUUUUUUUCCAUUUAAAAUUAUAGAUUGAACUAAGCCAGAAAUAUAAUUACUGAUAAUGUACAGAGUGUUCCGUAAAUGAUGCGACAGACUUCUAGGGGAAGGUAGGAGACAUCAUUAGGAUUAAGAAUUGCAUGUCCACCUGUGACCAGAAAUGUCAUCAUAUGCCACUAAGGACCCUUCCCUAUUAUGAACUGUUUCUUCUUGUGCCUUUGAACCGGUACUUUUGCACAUCUGAAUUUUAUGUUUUCUAAGAACUGUCAAAAAUUGCAUUAAAAUAGGUCUGGUAUUAGCUACUUUAUCAUAAUUUAACGACUCAUCGACUAAGUGGGCGAACUCUCCGAUUCAUUAAGUUUCGAUAAAACAAAGUCAGCAAAGAAAGACAAAUCAAGUUCAAGCAAAGUUGAACGUAAUUUAUGACAAUAAUUAUUAGAAAACAUAAGAUUAUAUAUGGAUAUUUUAGAUAAAUAAAAGUACCGGUUCAAAGGUAUACGAAGAAACAAUUCAUAAUAGGGAAAAGCCCCUAUUGCCCUAUGAUGACAUUUCUGGUUACGGGUGGAUAUGCAAUUCUUAAUUCUAAUGAUGAAUCUUACCUUCCCCUAGAAAUCUGUCUCAAUAUUUAUGGGUCAUCCUGUAAACUUAUAUGCUUGGUCAUACUAAAAUUUUUUCCCCCUUCUAAUUAACUUAAACAUAGCGGGGGUUGGUCCAGACAUUUUGUGAAAGGUCCGUUUUUGUAAAAUUAAAAUAUUUUGUGAAGGGUCCGUUAACGGACCCAAAUUUCUUCUAAACAGACCCCUGCAUAGGUCUACUUUAUGUAAAUACUUAAUUUGACAGUUAGAUGAAUAGGUAAAAAAAUGUUUGUCAAAAAAAAAUCAAUCAUUUAUAGGGUUGCCACUCCACAGGGAAAAUAGGAAAAACCUGGAGAAUACAGGGAAUUUAAAAAUCAUCUAAAAUAAUAGGGAAAAUACGGGGAAUUUCGUUUAUUAUUUUCGUCUUUUAAAAAAUGGUGGCCACUCAAAUGGGAUAUUUAAGGAUGAUAUUUCCGCUUUACUAAACUAUUUCAUUUACUAUAGCUUCAUUUAAGAAUGUUCAGCUGAAGCUUAUGUCAACAUUGGACUAAAUAUAUAUUUUUUAAACAAAUAAAAGUACUUCUUCCAGAUAAGUAUUUAAUUUUAGGAUCACUGUGUUAAUGUGUUAUUUUUUUUUACCAAACUUUUUAUUUAAUAAAGCAGUUUUUGAAAAAAAGUAUAUAGAAAGAGUAAAAUUUUUUGUUUUGAGAAAUCAGCAGAUGAAUUAAAGACAUUUGCAUGGAAAUUUUAAGUGUUUUAUUAUAUUUAUUACAUAAUUUUACUCCCAGUAAUUAAUUUCAUAAACACAAUCAUACUAUCUAUUUACCGAUUCAGAAAAUUGCUUACUAGCAAAUAUAUCUAUAAAAAAAUAUUUUGAUAGUUUGUGCUUGGUGUACUCCCUUUACUUCUUUACAGUUGAAGGUAAGUUACUAUUAGUUUUGUUUUAUGAUAAGAAA